AUGUUCUUGAGGGAAAGGAACAUUCACAUUAUUCAUUCUCACACCAUUCUCCCAUCACGCUCCCAUCAUUCUCGCAACACUCUCCCAUCACUUUACCAACACUUUACCAUCCCCAUCCCCAUCCCCAUCCCCAUCCCCAUCCCCCAUCCCCAUGCCCAUGCCCAUGCCCAUGCCCAUGCCCAUGCCCAUGCCCAUCCCCAUCCCCAUCCCCAUCCCCCAUCCCAUCCCCAUCCCCAUCCGCAUCCCCAUCCCCAUCCCCAUCCCCAUCCCCCAUCCCCAUCCCCAUCCCCAUCCCCCUCCCCCAUCCCCAUCCCCAUCCCCAUCCCCACCCUCCUCCCCUUCAACCUCCCCACCCACCAUCCCCACCUGCUUCGCCACAGCAUCGCCUGCAAACACAACAUGCUUGUCCCGGAAGCUGCUGAGAAGCUUCCCGGCAUCAAUCCGCGGCAGCAGGCACCCAGCAGGCUGCCAGCGGUACUGGGCAAAUUCAAAGAACGGCCUUCCACGCUCCUCCUUGCCCCCCCACCUCCUCCUGCUGCUGCUGUUAAUGAUGAUGAUGAUUCUGACGGUACUGCCGUUGAUUCCCCUCCUCCUUCCCCUUUCCUUUCACCGUCUACUUUCCUCUCCCCAUUUCCUUCCCCUGUUGCUUCCCCUUUCCUUCCGCCUCCUCCUUCCGCGUCUCUUGCCCCCGUCUCCGCCCUUCCCCCUUCCCCGUCCUGA